CACACACACACUCACACACACACACACACUCACUAACACACACACACAGUAUUGAGUCAUAUACCAGUUCUCUCCACAUUAGCUAAUCUCACACAUCACUAUUCUCACAUAUCCACUCGCUCUGCUAGGUACAGCACACACACACAUACACACACACUUUUACCCGCUAGCUCUCCCCACCACACACAUUGGUGCACACCCUCUCUCCUCUCACUCUCUCUUCUCCCUCCCAGUUCUACACAUUCUCUCUCUCCCUCAGUUCUCAUCUGCACCUCAGCAGACUAACAUGUUGCCUCAUCGCAAGCACAGCGCAGAGCAGUAAGCAGAGGCAGCCUGACCAAACAUAAAGAGCAAACAAGAAGGAGAAGCAAGAAGAAAGGAAGUGAAGUCUCAUCUCUCUUCUUCAGUCGCUGACAACCUUCUCUGGGAGGAAGAGGAAGAGGUGGAGGAAAGGGAGGAAGACUGGAUUUCACACUGUCCUGACUCAGUUUGUCGCCUCGAGCGGAGGGAGCGGCAGAGGAUGCCAGGGAAACCAGAGCAGCUGAAAAGUUGACUGUCUAUCACUCAGCUGUCCAUCUAUCCCACACUGCUGACCAAACUUUUUUAAAAAUCAACAAGAGGAGGAGGAGGAGGUGGACUUUUGAGGGCAACGAGGAAGGUGGGAGAAAGUGUUUGGGUCAGUCAGAAAGCAGGACUGUCCUUCCAGAGGCAGCUACCUAUGUGGCAGGAGGCUCUGUGGACCCGAGGACGCUACCUGCUGGAGAAGAGUGAUGGCGGCGAGGGUGCCGAGGGGCCUGAGAGCCUGGGAGACGGGUUCCCGGGGUUCCAGGGCGAGGUGUGCGUGGAGGGUGAGAAGCCCCAGGACUGGCUGUACGAGUCCUACUACCGAAUGAGCCAGCAGCAUCCGCUGAUCGUGUUCCUGCUGCUGAUCGUCAUGGGAACCUGCCUCGCAUUGCUGGCAGUGUUCUUUGCUUCAGGACUGAACACAGAGGACCACCUGGCGUUCCUGAUCACAGUUCCUGCUGCUCUCUUCCUCUUCCUGUCCAUCUUCAUCCUUGUCUGCAUUGAGUCGGUCUUCAAGCGAAUGCUCCGCCUCUUCUCUCUCCUUAUAUGGGCCUGUCUGGUCACCAUGGGUUACCUGUUCAUGUUCUCAGGAGGGAUACUCAGCCCCUGGGACCAGGUGUCCUUCUUCCUGUUCAUCGUAUUUGUUGUCUACACCAUGCUGCCCUUCUCCAUGAGAGGGGCCAUUAUCGCCAGUGCGAUCACCUGCUUCUCGCACACCGUCACCCUCAGCAUCUGUCUGGCCUCCAAAGUCACAGAACUGGAGCCUUUAGUCUGGCAGAUCUUAGCCAACGUGAUCAUCUUCACCUGUGGCAACCUGGUUGGGGCGUACCACAAACAUCUGAUGGACCUGGCACUCAAACAGACUUACCAAGACACCUGCAACUGCAUCAAGUCCCCCAUUAAAUUAGAGUUUGAGAAGCACCAACAGGAACGUUUAUUGUUAUCCUUAUUGCCGGCUCAUAUAGCCAGGGUGAUGAAAGCCGAGAUCAUCCAGAGACUCCAAGGACCCAACUUUGGUCGAACUGAGAGCACCAACAACUUCCACAACCUGUAUGUGCAGCGGCACACCAAUGUCAGCAUUCUGUAUGCAGACAUUGUAGGCUUCACCAGGCUGGCCAGUGACUGCUCUCCAGGUGAACUUGUGCAUAUGCUGAAUGAACUCUUUGGCAAGUUUGACCAGAUUGCAAAGGAAAAUGAGUGUAUGCGAAUCAAGAUUCUGGGAGACUGUUACUACUGUGUGUCUGGUCUGCCUGAGUCGCUGCCUCACCAUGCCAGGAACUGCGUGAAGAUGGGCUUGGAUAUGUGUGAGGCCAUCAAGAAGGUCCGAGAUGCCACUGGAGUCGAUAUCAACAUGCGUGUUGGUGUUCAUUCAGGGAAUGUCCUGUGUGGUGUGAUUGGCCUUCGCAAGUGGCAGUAUGAUGUGUGGUCACAUGACGUAACGCUAGCCAAUCAUAUGGAGGCAGGAGGUGUGCCAGGGAGGGUGCACAUCUCCUCAGUGACGUUGGAACAUUUGAAAGGUUCGUAUAAGGUGGAGCCUGGAGAUGGACAGAGCCGAGACUCCUACCUAAAAGAACAUGGGGUGGUCACCUUCCUGGUCAUCAACCCCAAGACUGAGAGGCACAGCCCUCUGUUGGGUGUGCGCUCUCGUCCUUCUCUGGAUGGUGGGAAGAUGAGGGCGUCUGUCAGAAUGACGCGGUACCUCGAGUCCUGGGGUGCGGCCAAGCCCUUUGCCAACCUCCACCACCGAGACAGCAUGACCACAGACAACGGCAAGAUCAACACAACUGACGUUCCCAUGGGGCAGUACCACUUUCAGAGAAGAGAAAGGUCUAAAUCUCAAAGGAGGAGGUUUGAGGAGGAACUCAAUGAGCGAAUGAUUCGCACCAUCGACGGCAUCAACUCGCAGAAACAGUGGCUGAAGUCUGAAGACAUCCAGAGGAUCUCACUGUUCUUUCACAACAAAGCUCUUGAGAAAGAGUACAGAUCCACAACAUUGCCGGCCUUCAAGUACUAUGUCACCUGUGCCUGCCUCAUAUUCUGCUGUAUAUUCAUCGUGCAGGUUCUUGUUUUGCCCAAAACUGCUGUGCUGGGGAUCUCCUUUGGCCUGGCAUUCCUGCUGCUGGCUUUGAUCCUGCUCCUUUGCUUCGCCGGUCACAUUCUGCAGGGAAGGAAGGGGUCCUUCUGCUCUCUCACCUGGUUCCCCACUUCCUCCCGCAUUAUCGUCACCAAUAAUCCCUGGCUGCGACUGGUCCUCACCAUGACAACCACUGCUCUCAUACUGGUGAUGGCCAUCUUCAAUAUGUUAUUCGUGGAGGAUCCCGGAGGAUCACCAGAAGACCCAAUGAUGACUGCUCCACCUGAAGUCCUGAUAACUACUCCGCCUGUGAAUCUAACUAAUGACAGCCUGUUGGACGACCGGAAAGGAAACACAGGAGAAAACAAGUUUUAUCUGCCAUACUUCAUUUACUGCUGUAUACUGGGACUGGUGUCUUGCUCAGUGUUCCUGAGGAUCAACUACGAGCUGAAGAUGGUGGUGAUGCUGGUUGCCGUGGUGAUCUACAAUGUCAUCAUCCUCCAAACACAUGCCUCCCUGCUGGAUGGAUUCAGCCAAGCGCCGUACCUGACCAAUACACUGGAAAGACCAGGAGUGCUCAAGGAUCUAAAGACCAUGGGCUCCGUGUCUCUUUUCAUCUUCUUCAUCACCCUUCUGGUAUUAGCCAGGCAGAAUGAAUAUUACUGUAGGUUGGACUUCCUGUGGAGGGACAAGUUCAAGAGGGAGUGCGAGGAGAUUGAAACCAUGGAGAACCUCAACAGAGUUCUGCUGGAGAACGUUUUACCUGCCCACGUAGCCGAACACUUCCUGGGGCGCAACUGGAAAAAUGAGGACCUUUAUCAUCAGUCAUAUGAGUCGGUGUGUGUGAUGUUCGCCUCCAUCCCAGACUUCAAAGAGUUUUAUACCGAGUCUGAUGUCAACAAGGAAGGACUGGAGUGUCUCCGUCUUCUCAACGAGAUCAUAGCAGACUUUGAUGAGCUGCUGUCCAAACCUAAGUUCAGCGGAGUGGAGAAGAUAAAGACCAUCGGUAGCACCUACAUGGCUGCAACAGGACUCAAUGUGACACCAGGACCAGAGUGCACACAGGAACAUGACAGACAGUACAUGCACAUUGGCACCAUGGUGGAGUUUGCCUUUGCUCUUGUAGGAAAGCUAGAUGUCAUCAACAAACACUCGUUCAACGACUUCAGACUCAGAAUUGAAAUGUGGUACUCCUCGCUAGGGAUAAACCACGGGCCAGUGAUUGCAGGUGUCAUCGGUGCCCAGAAACCUCAGUAUGACAUCUGGGGAAACAGUGUGAAUGUGGCCAGUAGGAUGGAGACCACUGGGGUGCUGGGAAAAAUACAGGUUACAGAGGAGACAAGUCAAAUCUUAUCGACACUAGGGUACAUGUGUACGUGUCGCGGCAUCAUCAACGUAAAGGGCAAAGGAGAGCUGAAGACCUACUUUGUUCACACAGAGAUGACCCGAUCUCUGUCACAAGGGACCGUGAUGCCUUGAGCACACUGCACUAACUGAAUGAAUAAGACUUGAGAACACAAUCGCACACACAAAGUGGUUGUAGAAGUGAUUCGUCAUGCCCCGAAACUAAAAUCCAUUACCAGAAGCCAGCAGCACAAUGGAUAGAAAACUGCUGAUUUUUUUUUCCCUUAGCAACACAAUGUAGAGCAGUCCUUCAACACUGCAUUUCAGGUGGUUCUCACAUCUCAAGAGUAACAAGGACUUUGCUCCGAGGAGUCUCUUCACUGUCUAAAGGAGUGCCUGACUAAAGAAAUGUUUGCUAAUUCGGUACAGCUCUCAAGGACCGCAGUCACCCGUCUGUUCAGUAGUGUUGGUGUGGAGCUAAUUACCCAUGCCGGUGUUGCAGUGCUUCAGAGCCUUACAUUUGAACAAGCUUGAGCUGCCUGUCGAGCUGUGCUUUUUUAUAACUGCCUGGGUGGGACUGUGAGCCGGUUUGCUCCAUUUUAUUCUAAAUGGAUGUUAUAAUAGUUUAUUGUCAUAUAGAGCAGUCGAUGCCAACAAAUCGCUAGUGUGAUGGGUAGUUUGCCAAAACCUGUGAAUUGUAUUUAUAGCUUUAGAGCUGUGUUUGUGUCCUACUGAAGAGUAGGUGGACUCAGGCACGCAGGAUUCAAGAGGAAAGUAGAGGUUUCUUUUUUAUAAUCUAUCUGGAACCAAACCAACAGUAAUGUGUGUGAAUGUUCACUGCCAUCCUUUUGUUAUUCAUUAAACAUUUGUAUAUAAAUUGA